AUGGCCGACGUCGACGAAGAAGCGAUUCACUUGCCUGAUUCCCAGGACUCGUCUGGACAGAUCGAGGUCGACCUGUCUGACGAGACGCAGGACUUUCGCUUCCUAUCACUCCUCUCGGAUAAUACUCAAGCUACGCUCCCCCGACGCGGCGAAAAAGACUUCGAACCAAACCCAACGCUCUACCAGGCCGAUGGGUUGACUGCUUCACGACAGGCGAUGCAUAACGCGCUCGCAUACCCGCGCCUCCAUAAUCCUAAGAACAAGAUCAUCGCAGUCUAUGCGCCAGAUGGUCCUGCACCGCCUGCUUCUGUUCUGGCCUCGAAGGAUUCUUCAAAAAGCGACGACACACACAAGACUCUAGAUGCAGCAGCAGCAGCAGCAACCAACAUCGGUGUUUCCCCCCAUGCGUGCGUCUACGCUCUGAACCCCAAAGGCCAAUAUUUUCGGACAAUGGGUCAGGCAGAUCGCUGGAAUAGAGUGUGGCUGCUCCCUGAAGAAGCCCUGUACCUGCUUGAACGGGGGAACCUAGAGAUCUGGUGGCCGCUUUCGUCGACCAGCUGCGCAGAUGACAAUAACCAGGGCGAACUGGGGGUGCCUAUGAGCUUGCAGGCGGCAUAUUCGUGUCUGAUGGGACGCGGUGGGUUGACGAUGGAGCGAUUCUCGGUCUUCACUGGGUUGAAACGGUUGGGGUAUACGCUUCUUCGGGCUCCUGGGUGGGACGAGGCACCCGAGCCAGAGAAAGAAGGAGAAGACCUUCAAAAAGACGUGGUGAAUGAAUCGUCAAAUUCGGGGCCGUCGGGUCUGUUUGGCUGGCUAUUCCAGUGGAUUACUGAUUCCCACUCAAAGAGCAUCAAUCCCGCAACGGGACCGCUUAUUGGGCUGGGAAUACACCGCAGCUAUCGUGAGCCAUCAUUAAUCACCAUCCCAGUUGAUAUUUAUCGGAGACUCGACCUGAUUCCUUGGUAUGAUCCGGCCGCCCGCAAGGCUCCGGCGGAGCCCACCAAGCCCCCGUUUCGUGUUGUCUUCCAUGUUUACAAACCCUCGACGCCCUUUCGCAAAACCGCACCUCCAGAACCGGACUUUCGCAUAGCAGUGAUCGAUGCCCGAGCCCAGACGACUCUCCCCACUCUUUUGCAAUUGGGCGCCUUACUCGAAAGUACACCUUUGGAUCCGCCGCGCGGCGAGAAGAUGGAACGAAUGCUCUAUAUGCGACUGCGCCAUGGCUACCGGAAUGUGAUCCUCGCCGUCGUCGACCAAGGCGUAGUCAGUUACCUUCGGAUAGGUGACGCCGCGUUCGGAAAGGAGAAGAUGUACAAGUCUAAGGCUGGGCUUAGCGGGCCCAAAACAGGCGGGUAUUCAAGAUCGAAACCAAAAGCUCGAUGA